AGGGAGGCGGCAGCUGGCCAAGGAAAGCGUCGGAGGUGGCGGCGGGCGCCGGGCGGGAGGAGGAGGAAGAUGGGGCGAGGGUUUCAUUCCUCCCGAAGAAGUGAGUUUGGAACGUAAUGAUUGCCAUCCUGCAGCAAUUUCCCUGUGUCAUGGCUCCGGUUUCCUAGCAACAGCGGCAAGUCCGGCCAGCAGGAGCAGCAGCAGCAGCUUCACACAGCACCAUUCAGCAGCAGGAGCAGCGGCAGCAGCUCCGCCGGGCAGGAAAAGCGACCGGCUGGCGGCGGCAACCACAACAAUAACAACCGCCCGGAGGAAAGAAGCAGAGUAAGAGGGCGCCUGGACAGGGCGAUCCGAAGCCGAGGAGGAUGCGGAAGGGAGCGGGAGCCGCACUUUGGGGAAACUCUUUCUUGCCCUGGCUUCCUCCGGCUGCCGUGGAGCUGAGGCGGCUGCCCGCAGCCAUACGAUCGCGUCUCUCGCCGCGAUGGAUGUGAGCAAGAAGUGGCCGCGUUGAGGAGGGGGCGGCGGGGGGUUCUGGCUUGGCGAGGUUUCCACUCGCCGGCCUCCAAAGUUUCUCUAUGGUUUCUCUCUGGGCUCCGAGGAACUUGCCUACGGCGCUGACAUCCCCCGAUUUUCCCUGGAGUGAGUGUCGAUCUGGAAAGUUGAAAGAUUUGGCUGCCCUUAUUCGCUGGCUCUGGAGCAAGCGACAGACCUGCCUCCUUUUAUGAUUGCCAGCUCAAGUCCUCAGAUACGCUGCCAGACUGGCUGUGCCUCAUGCAGAGAUUGUCGACUGCAUCAUUCAAAAACUAUUCCCCAAUAGACACUGGUAACGUUGCUAAUUACACGAUGUAGGACAACAUAGCACCAGGAGCCGGUGUCAGUGCCCAGGGUAGCCAGCCAUGAUUGCUACUGGAGGCCUCUUGAGGAUCUCAGCCAGGAAACAGGAUCCCCUGCGGCCUCAGAGCCAAGUCCCCAAACGCAAGCGCAAAGCCAAAAAGAAACGCAAGAAUGACGUGGUGGUGGUGAAGGGCAAGCUCAAACUCUGCUCACUCUCGGGCCUCAUUGCUCUCUGCGGUAUCCUGGUGCUGCUCGUGGGAAUUGCCUUGGCGGUGGUCGGCUAUUGGCCAAAGCCUCUUUACCAGGCAGGGAGCAUGAGGGACAGCCCGUUUGUGCCACCACACGGGACUGCCCCCAAAAGCCGCUCCAGGAAUCAGACAGAAGACCCAGGGGAAUCUCACGUGGAAGUCGCGAGAGCCAAUUCCUCCUUCCCUAGCAGCCAGAAAGGUUUCCUUCCUUCUUCAUCUGCCCCGUCCCCCUCCUCCACCUCAACAAGCUUCCUCUAUCACCUUUUCUCACAGUAUUUGCAUUCAGACAAUCUGAAGGUGCUUGGACCCCUCAUCAUGGGCAUCGGGAUCUUCCUCUUCAUUUGCGCUAAUGCCGUGCUCCAUGAGAACCGUGACAAGAAGACCAAGAUUAUCAACUUGAGGGACCUGUACUCCACUGUCAUAGAUGCACACAGCCUCCGGACCAAGGAUGGGGCCCCCUCAGCUGCCGUUGCCCCAGUUCCAAUCAACGGCUUUGUGAAUUAUGUGCAACCUCGAGGAGCGGAGCUGAAACCUGGCAAUGGCGCUGGGGAAACCUUGGGGGCUUCUGCCAUGCAAGCCAAGAGCACCUGGCACCCCACUGUGGGUGCCCCCCUGUCCCCUCCUGACUUGGCCUACUCGCCACGCUCCUCUUCCUUCUCUUCAAGGCAGCAGCAGCCACCCAGCUUGGCUGAGGCUGUGUACAGCAUCUAUCAGGAGAGAGCUGCCUUUGCCAGAACUGCUCGUAGCCCACCUUGUAGCCCCCCAGAUGGCUGGGACCAGCGCAGCACUGCCAGUUCCAUUGUGGAUUCCUCACUCAGCACCUUCACUUUGCUGCCUUUGGCUCAGGGGGAGGUGACAGAUGGAGACUGUGGUGGCUGGCGGAGGCAGCUGGGGGAACGAGGGACUAGGGAGAUUCCACAGGGAGAGUUUGAGCUCAGCUUGAAAGAUCUCAGGAGCAGCUAUGUAGACACAGGGCAAUGGCAUACAGUGCUGCCCAGGGUGGGCAAGCGCAAGUUGGUUCUUAGACGGCAGAGCACAAGCUGCCUCCCUGACGCCAGGAGAUCCCUCUCCCCUGAACCUUCUCAGACUUUGGACAGUAGCACAGACCUAGACUCCAGUCUUUUAGUAAAAGCUUCAUCUUCCAGCUACUCCAAAUCCCUAGAUCUGGGGGACUCUCCCCCUCCUACCCCACCUGUGGAUAGGAGAGAGUCUCAGAGCUCUCAGUGCGAUCAACACAGAAGCAAUAAGGGCUACACCCCACUGGAGGAGACAGGCACCUCCUUGGAAUCUGUUGCCAACACCCCAGCCCAUAAAACCCAGGACUGUGAAAUGAUCCCCAGUGGGAAAACUGGCCCCCCUGAGGGUACCAACAAAAAAAAAACAGAGCAGCAGCCUUUGAAAAUGCAAAGACAGUACACAAACAAAGAUAAACUUUUCAUGAUCUCCAGAUCAGAUGCCAUUGUCGGGCUGGAGGAAGGAGAUCUGCAGACCACCGGCAUUUAAAUCAGAGUAAAAUAAAAUGGAGACAGCAUCAGAACAACUUGUAAUCCUUCUGCCCCCUUGUGGAUCUAGGAAACGGGUUGACAUCCAAAGAGCUGAAGUAUGUUAUUAUCCUUGAAUUGCAUCAAUAAAUUCCUGUAGAUGUAUUCAGGAAAAACAAAACACCACCACCACAUAACAGGAGUUUGUUCUGUUCAACUGUGCAUCUAUAUUCCAUGCAAGCCAAAUUGUAUUGCACAUUGAUAGUUGAGUAAAUUCUUUGGAUCAAAGGAAUAGAAUAUUUUAAUAAUUGUGCACUUUACUGAUUUUUAAUUCCAGUGCUCCCCUCUCAGCUUUUGCCAUGGCACUUAACUGCACACUCUUGUCCUAGCUUCAGACAGAGGUGAUUUUCAAGUCAGUAGAACUGAUCUCUCCCCCUCCUUUUAAUAUUUGGUUAGAAUAAAGUACUGUAUUGGAGGUAUUUACAAUUGAAGUACUGUGACAAAGGGGGGGGACAACUUUAAUUUCUGUAAAAGUGUCAACUGAGGAAAGAUAGGAGAUGUCCUAUGGCAAACAAGCUGCAAUUCUACAUUCCUAAAUUCAAAUAAUAUUACUUUAUUAAGUAUUAUUGCACAUGUA